UCACUACCUAGUAUUAAGCCGACUAACCCGACCCGAACCGUCUCUUUCACUGCCCAGUGCCUAAUUAAGUAUUCCUUCCUUCCCUUGCAUCACGUUAUCGGGCCUGGUUGCCUAUCACUGACCUGUUCGAAUCUGACUAAGGCGCUUCGCCUCCGCCGCCGCCUCCCCUCAUCUCUCCCUCUUCGCCCGACUACUUAAGCCUCCUUCUCCUGCUUUCACCCGCUACUUCCUUCCUCCUUCCAUCAUCCCUACCUCUCUGUCAUUACACAGAUUCAUCUGUGCUCUACUACUCGCACUUCCCUCUCUCGUAACCUCAGUAUCAUUCACACCGUUUACUGCAGACCCCUAAACGUCUUCCAUCAUGCAGAUCUUCGUCAAGACGUUGACCGGCAAGACCAUUACCCUUGAGGUCGAAUCGAGCGAUACCAUCGAUAACGUUAAGUCCAAGAUCCAGGACAAGGAGGGCAUCCCUCCCGACCAGCAGCGCUUGAUCUUCGCCGGCAAGCAGCUUGAGGACGGCCGCACUCUAUCCGACUACAACAUCCAGAAGGAGUCUACCCUUCACCUCGUGCUCCGCCUUCGUGGUGGUAUGCAGAUUUUUGUCAAGACACUCACUGGCAAAACCAUCACUCUCGAGGUUGAGUCAAGCGACACUAUCGACAAUGUCAAGUCGAAGAUUCAGGACAAGGAGGGUAUCCCUCCUGACCAGCAGCGCUUGAUCUUCGCUGGCAAGCAGCUUGAGGAUGGUCGUACCCUUUCCGACUACAACAUUCAGAAGGAGUCUACUCUUCACUUGGUCCUUCGCCUGCGUGGUGGUAUGCAGAUUUUCGUCAAGACACUCACUGGAAAGACUAUUACCUUGGAGGUUGAGUCAUCCGACACGAUCGACAAUGUGAAGAGCAAGAUCCAGGAUAAGGAGGGCAUCCCCCCGGACCAACAGCGUCUGAUUUUCGCUGGAAAGCAGUUGGAAGAUGGCCGGACCCUCUCCGAUUACAACAUCCAAAAGGAAUCCACUUUGCACUUGGUGUUGCGUCUGCGUGGUGGUAUGCAGAUCUUCGUUAAGACGCUCACGGGAAAGACGAUCACUUUGGAAGUUGAGUCUUCAGACACGAUCGACAACGUCAAGAGCAAGAUUCAGGAUAAGGAGGGAAUCCCUCCUGAUCAGCAGCGUCUCAUCUUCGCUGGUAAGCAGCUGGAGGAUGGCCGUACACUCUCUGACUACAAUAUUCAGAAAGAGAGCACACUGCACUUGGUCCUCCGCCUACGUGGUGGGAACUGAUUCUCUGGUUCUUGCACAGUUUCAGAUUCACAGGUUGACUGGACUGCAUGGCGUUCGGAAGGUUUUUGAUGGCUUUUUAUGACACGGUUAAUUCGAACAUACCUCUUUUUGUAUC